AGGAACAGAUGCUCUCAAUUUAAGCAUGACAGGCUGAAAUUGCAAGAGACGGGCCCCGAUUCGGUUGCCGGUAAUAAUGGGCCGAUCAGCGGGUCUGGGCUGCUUUACACUUUACUGUAAGAGCACAGCCAGGAGAAAUUCCAAGAACAAACAUAGCCACACAUACAAAUUUCCAGCAUGGAUGGUCCUCAAAGCAUCGAACAAUCCAGCUGAGAAGACUGUCCUUAAUUGGGAAAGACUGCAAAAUUUCAGGUACAUAUCCUUUCCCUUUUCAUUUAUGGUGAAUGCCAAUUGCCAUGGCUGUUGUUUUAUUAUGCGCAGCGACACCGACGUCAGGAAUCUAUUGACUGCUGACGCUGAAUUUUCCCUAUUUAAACGACGACUGCUCUCAUUAAGUCGCCACAAAAUAGAAAUCGAAUAGAAAACGGAGGAAAAACGCAAACUUUUCCACAUCCAUGGAGAAUCAGCAGCACCAAGGAAGAAAUGGCGCCGCCGCCGCCGCUCCUACCGCCGAGAAUCGCUUCUCCGUGUUGAACUGCAUCGAUCUCUCCAGCCCGGACACUCAAAAUUCGGUUUCGUUGCUCAAGCAGGCGUGCUUGGAUUGUGGGUUUUUCUACGUGGUGAAUCACGGGAUAAGCCAGGAAUUCAUGGCGGAGGUGUUUGCUCAGAGCAAGAAGUUCUUUGAAUUGCCGGCCAAGGAGAAGAUGAAGGUGUUGAGGAAUGAGAAGCAUCGAGGGUACACUCCGGAGCUGGACGAGCUAUUGGAUCCUGAGAAUCAAGUUCAUGGUUAGUAGGCUGUUUGUUGUUUUGUUUUGUUCUCUUCGAUUUGUUGUUUUCCUGAAAAAAGAUUCGGUUUUGAAUGAUGAUUUGAGGAUGGGGAAGCAAAUGAUGUCUGUUUUGGAUUAUUUGUUAGUAGGAGAUUAUAAGGAAGGGUAUUACAUUGGAGUAGAAGUCCCUGAAGAUGAUCCUGAAGCAGAGAAACCAUUUUAUGGGCCCAAUGUUUGGCCAUCAUCAGAGGUUUUGCCCGGUUGGAGAGAAACAAUGGAGAAGUUCCACCAGCAAGCUCUAGAGGUAGCAAGAGCAGUUGCGAGAAUCAUAGCUCUUGCGCUUGAUCUAGAAGCAGAUUUCUUUGAUAAACCCGAGAUGCUUGGUCACCCCAUUGCAGUAAUGAGACUGCUGCAUUAUGGAGGUCAGGUGUCUGAUCCCUCAAAGGGAUUAUAUGGAGCUGGAGCCCAUUCUGACUAUGGUUUGAUUACCCUUCUAGCCACAGAUGACGUCUAUGGACUCCAAAUAUGCAAGAAUAAGGAUGCUCAACCUCAAGUGUGGGAAUAUGUUGCACCAAUGCAAGGAGCUUUUGUUGUGAAUCUUGGUGACAUGUUGGAGAGGUGGAGCAACUGCAUUUUCAAAUCCACAUUACAUAGAGUUCUAGGAAAUGGUCAGGAGAGAUAUUCCAUUGCAUACUUUGCGGAACCAAGUCAUGAUUGUCUAGUCGAAUGCUUGCCUACAUGUAAAUCAGAGAAGAAUCCUCCCAAGUUUCCGCCAAUCACAUGCAGCACAUACCUGAGCCAACGGUACAAGGAUACUCAUGCCGAUUUGAGCGUUUAUAACCAGAAGCAACAACAUACCUGACUUACUUUUCUGUCCACGAAACUAGCACUCCUCGUAUAGUCAUAUUCCUCUCAUCUUACUGGAGAAUAAGAAAGGCAAGUUUGUUGCCUGUAGGCCAAGGCUCGGCUGCAGAAGAAGCUCCCGAGUCAUGCCCUACCAGAUGAUGUUACUUGUUGUACAAGUGUAUACUACGCAGUCACUUUAGUUAAAAGCUGAACCAUAAGCUUCCCAAAUCAAUCCUCUGGCUCUUCAUAGUUAAUUCGUUUGCUCGGUAUCUCUACUCGGUACUCAACUGAUCAUGUGAAGAAUAAGGAACAGCUUGUUUCAUUUCUUUGUUUUGGUGCAGUAGCGAGUGUAUCAAUCCGCCUGCCUACUUUCUUUGCACGUAAUUAUCGAAGAGAUAUUGAGGAGUUUUGGGAUUGCAUUCGAAUGGUUUUAGUGUGUACAUAGAAAGUUAUUGCCUUCAAGUGUUCAAGUUAAGAUUGUGAACCAAAUCAGAGAUUGCAGAGGCCAGAAGGUGAAGAGAUAAUGACAAUGGCGAAUUUAUUGUGUUACCAGUAAUCCCGUUGUUUUUUCCACUUUACUUCACCAAAGUGAUGGGCACUGGUCAGGAUCAACUUGCAUACCAGAGUUAAGAAAAUAGAAGAACAGAAGAACGACUUCAUAACAUAACCCACGAACAGUUCUUUAAUUCAGAGAACAUAGUUAACCCAAAAUCUCCCCUGCUCCCCAUAAAGUUUUAAAGUAAUACCAACAGGACCAUGUCUAAUCUAAAUAGAUAGAGCCUCACUCCCAGAACAAUUUCUCAGCAGAAAAGAGAACACAAAAUGAAUAAGCACACCUCUAUACCACCUAAUAACGCCAGGCCAGAAUCAGCAGCAAAAUGAUAGUCAAACUCAAACAGCAAGCCGAAUCCAUACCCUUCCUCUAAAUGUGCCUAUUAUCUUCGAUCUGUUUUCCCGAUGGAGCGCUUCCCAGAGAACAGGUGCUUCGGUCUAAGCGUCGGGAUAACUCUAUCUGCCUCACCACGCCGAGCAUCCUUGUUCCUCUUCUUGGUAGCAUUCCUGGCCAUUGUAACGGCUUUCAUCUUCUGAGCAGAGUCCUUGAACCCUUCUCCAGGUACAACCUCCCCAAGAGGCCGCUGAGACAACACUGAUCUUGACCUCGACAUCGACCUCGAUCUCAGCCUCAGCUUCUUCUUGUUAUCCAAACCACCAUCGAUCUCCAUUUCAUCCUCACCAUCCCCACCAACAGACCUCUCUCUCUUCCUUCCUUUCCUGGAGACAGACCUGCUCCUAGCACGUUCGAUAGCACGAGAAGGAUCGAUCCCCAAGCUUGACAGCUGCCUUCCCAUUCUCUCAGUAGUGAACUUCCUGUCCUUGUCAAAUUUCCUAGGCACAGUUGGCCGACUUUCUGCAGUGCUCUUCUUGAUCCUAUGCUUUUGGAUCAACAGCUUCUUCCUCUUCCUGAUUUCUUGCAGGUCUUUUUCAGCCUCGGCAGUAAAAUCUUCAUCCUCGAUCUCAAAGUCACCACCAUCUUCCUCUACUGCUGAUUCUUCACGUUCCAGCUCCUCAACCCUCUGCAAGAUAUCCGGAUCAAUGAAAUCAUACACAUUAUGGCCAUCGAGGAACUCGGGCAAUAUGUCCAGCUUCCAAUCGUCAUCCGCUAGAAUGUAGUGCUUCCUCAAGCUGGCAGAGUACACACCAGCACCACCAUUCUCAUUUUCGAUAUCCUUCUCGGUUUUUCUCUCCUCGUGUGCUGCCUCUUCUGCUCUGGCUUCCAAAACUGCUUGGGGUAUGCAGACUGGCCUCUCCUUUUGGUCACGCGGCUUUGGCAUUGCUACAUGGAAGCGAUUCAACACGGUAGGCAUCUUCUUGGAUUUCAUCUUACGCUCCGAUCGCUGAUCCAGCAGCCUCUGGCAAGCUGCAUUCUUUACUGCCAUCACGCCUUCGUCGGUUAUCGUGCUCAUGGUCAGGAGCACAUCCUGGUCAUUAGCAGCUUCACCUCCUUGACCAGGGAUAGUCUUCAGUGCUGCGGAUUUCAUCUCCAUGACAAGCUUCAGGUCUUCUCCACUCAGUCCUUCCAGGGUCUGCAAAUCUGUUUUGUUGCAGACAAUGAGCACGGGGUUGUUCCUGAACAUCAUCUUGAUGCUGUGGAAUAAUGCUGCUUGUUGAGAGAUGCUGUAGCCACACGAGCCCGAUAGGUCCAAGAAGAACAAGAUAGCGGCAUGGAGAUUCACGAGAGCUGUAACGCUGCACAUCUCGAUGAUGUUCCUAUCCUCAAGAGGCCUGUCCAAGAGCCCCGGUGUAUCGAUCACCUGAUACCUCAGGUACUUGUAGUCCGUAUGCCCCACAAAGAGCGAUUUCGUGGUGAAAGCAUAUGGCUGGACCUCCACAUCAGCCCUGGUGAUCUUGUUCAAGAAAGAGCUCUUCCCAACAUUGGGGCACCCACAAAUCAAGAUCGUUGGAGCGCCCGUGUUGAUCGAGGGAAGCCUCGCCAUGUGCUGCCUGACAUGUUCGAGGUAAGCCAAGCUCGGCCCAAUGCGCUUGGUCACAGUACACAUUCGGCCAAGUGCUGCACGCUUCAACGACUUGCACCGGUAGAGCGAGUCGCCAUAUUUCAAGAGCUUCACAUAGUCUUCGCGUAUCCUCUUGAUGAGAUUUCUCGCUGUGUUGAGCUGCCCGAGUGCGAGUUUGUAGUGAUCCUUGUUGUAGAGGACGUGGAGGAGGUCGCCGUAAAAGGGAUGGAUAUCUUCUACUCGAGGGAAGUCCUCAAUGGUUUUCGAGAGCUUAUCGGUGAAGUUGGUUUCGGUGAACUUCACCUUUCGCAUGUAGAACUGGCGGACGCGGGAAAUUGCAUUCCCCUUGUGGAUCACCGUAGGGGUCUGGCGCUGAGUGCGAGAGAGAACGAUGUCGAUCAAGUCGUUCCCAGUUGGGACGACAGUGAUCUUCUUGAAAUCGUAUUGAGCCAUGUAAUCUGCAACAACAAGCAG